AUCUCAGUCAGAUGCUCGUCUUCCUGUCGCUGCAGCCGUUGAUCCGGAGGGCGAGGGAUUUUGUGUUUUCGGAAACUUGCGAGCGCUUCGAAACGAGCCGAUGCGCCGGGAGCGAGGGGCACGUGGGCGCCGGGGGGGCGUGUCGAACACCUUACACAUGACAGGAAGAGAUAGAAAGAAGAAAGAGGAGAAGAAAAAGGUUGAGAUUCCCUCCGACGAACCCCAAACUCUCAGAGAAGUGUGUGUGAGACGGAGAGAGAGACCGACGGAUCUAUGACACACACGGCAGUGCAACUCCUGUCCACGACCAUGAAGGGGCGAACGGUGGCGAUGUCUCCAGGAGAGGACGGUCUAAUCGGGAUCCCCUUCCCGGAGCACAGCAAUGAGCUGCUGUCCCGUCUCAACGCGCAGCGGCGGAACGGGCUCCUCUGCGACCUCACGCUGACCUCUCGCGGCACACGUUACCCCACGCACCGCUCCGUCAUGGCGGCCGUCAGCCUGUACUUCCGGCGUCUGUUCGGCGCGGAGGAGGGCGAGGAGGGGGGCGAGGGCGUGGGCGACGGGUGCAGCGUGUGCCAGCUGGACUGUGUGUCGCCCGACGCGCUCGCCGCGCUGCUGGAGUUCGCCUACACCGCUACGCUAACCAUCCGCAGCUCGGGCAUGCGGGACGUCCUGAAGGGGGCGCAGCUGCUGGGCAUCCAGUGCGUGGCGGACGCGUGCCGGGACAUUCUGGGCGAGGCGGGCGAUGAUCUGGCGAAUCCCGUGAAGGAGGCGGAGCGCUUGCCGUCGCGUCGCAAGCAGGGCCGGUGCUCCGUAGCCAGAGCCGUGUCUCCCGCUAGACCUGUUAGCUUCAUAGCGCCCGCGUCUGAGGAUACGCCUGAAUACGGUUUGCUUCCCACGCAGGGACGAGAAGCCCACGCCCACCAAAGGUUCCUGAUGAACGGAGCCGCGCACGAGUCCUACAGGCCCGAAGACACGCCCUCUGAGGAGGAGGAGUCUGGAGCGCAGGGGCGGGCCACGCCUCAUCACAGCCAAUCACAGCAGGGGGACGGGGGAGGGGGCGGAGCCACGGUCGGCGUUCGUAAGAGAAAGUCUCAGACGCCACAACAGUGUCCCGUCUGCCAGAAGAUCAUCCACGGGGCCGGGAAGCUGCCGCGGCACAUGAGGACACACACGGGCGAGAAGCCGUUCCAGUGCUCGGCCUGCGGCGUGCGCUUCACACGGAAUGACAAGCUGAAGAUCCACAUGCGUAAGCACACGGGUGAGCGCCCGUAUCCGUGCCCCAGCUGUCCCGCACGGUUCCUGCACUCCUACGACCUGAAGAACCACCUCUCGCUUCACAGCGGCGACCGGCCCUUCGAGUGCCCGCUGUGCCACAAGGCAUUCGCCCGCGAGGACCAUCUUCAGCGGCACCGGAAGGGCCACAGUUGCCUGGAGCUCCGCACCCGCCGGCCCCGGCGCGGCCCCGGCCCGGAUCCGGGAGCGUCUCCUCCCACAGAACCCUUCGGCCUCCAUCAGCAGCUCGCCGCCGCAGGGCUCCUCGAGGGCCACGGCGGGCCCGUCCCGGGGGUCCCGCUGCUGGCCGGCGCCCGGAUGCCCUUCCAGGAGCUGUUGUGGCGAUCCGUCGCCGGGCCACUGGGGAAAUCCCUGGAAAAACCCGAAGGCGGCUCGUCUCCGCACGGCAGCGGCUCCGUCACACACAGAACGUGGAAGGAGGAGGAUGAGGAGCAGGAAGAUGCUGGCGAAGAGGAAGAGUGACGUGUGUGUGUGUGUGUGUGUGUGUGUGUGUUCCAUCAUAUAUCUGUGGUGUAGUCGCAUCAUCUUCUGUUUCUGGUGCUGGUGGAGCUCAUGAAGAAUCACUCUUUGUUUUGUGCUUUGUUUCUGCGGUACGUGGUUUUUGUAUGAAUCCAAAAUUGACUGCUUUUGGAGAUUCGUCUUAUUAAUCUUCACGCUAUGCAAGAUUUCUACACGAUGGAGUGAUUGAACAAACCUGAUUUAAAAAAAAACUAACUUGAGUUAAGAAUGCAAAUGAAGCAGCUGGAGGCGGAGAGGGGGCGUGGCCUUGCUCUAAACGGGACGUGUAUAUCGCCACCUACUGGCGCUCAGGACCUCAUGACGGGGAAUAUACUCUAGCUGCUCUUAAAUUUAGCCUUUUCCAAAUGAAAAGAGUUUGGAAUUUAUUUCUUCUUUAAAUGAUAGAAUUUCCUUUCAUACCAAAGAAUAUUGGUUAGUAACUGAGAUUAAUUAUAUGUCAAUGAAUUUUUCAGAUAUUUGUAGCCUUUAAAUGUGUUUUUUUUCUUUUCUGUCUGUCGUCUUUGUGAGAAAGACUUAAAAAGGACCAGGUCUCAGUUCUCACACGUUUAAAGGGCUUUCAGGACUUGAGAAUCUUAAUCAGACGCAUUUGUUUGAUUUUCGUUUACGGCGGUUUUUGCUUGUUUGGGAGGAUGAGCUUGAUUUCAUCCUGAAUUUAUUUUAGAGGACGCAUCUGGUUUUCCUGCGCACUCAUUUUCUUUAAAGAAGGUGACAUGGCAGGGUGGAAUAUUCUUUUGUAUACUAUUCUAUUUAUUUAUUUGUCGGUUUGAUAUUUAUUGUGACUUUCCUGGUUGAGGCGCUUGGGUUAUUCUGCAUAUUCUCUUCCUUAGAAGAAUCGAAUCUUCCUUCUCUUCGCUUCCUUCAUGAGCGACUCCUUGAGUCUUUGAGUCUGAGUUUAGUCGGAGCAACUCCUUGAGUCUCUGAGUCUUUAAGGUUAGUCAAAACGACUCCUUUGAGUUUUUGAGUUCAGUCUGAGCGACUCCUUGAGUCUUUGAGUUUUUGAGUUCAGUCUGAGCGACUCCUUGAGUCUUUGAGUUCAGUCUUAGCGACUCCUUGAGUCUUUGAGUUCAGUCUGAGCAACUCCUUGAGACUUUAAGUUCAGUCUUAGCGACUCCUUUGAGUUUUUGAGUUCAGUCUGAGCGACUCCUUGAGUUUUUGAGUUCAGUCUGAGCGACUCCUUGAGACUUUAAGUUCAGUCUUAGCGACUCCUUUGAGUUUUUGAGUUCAGUCUGAGUGACUCUUUGAGUCUUUGAGUUCAGUCUGAGCGACUCCUUGAGACUUUAAGUUCAGUCUUAGCGACUCCUUUGAGUUUUUGAGUUCAGUCUUAGCGACUCCUUGAGACUUUAAGUUCAGUCUUAGCGACUCCUUUGAGUCUUUGAGUUCAGUCUUAGCGACUCCUUGAGUCUUUGAGUUCAGUCUUAGCGACUCCUUGAGUCUUUGAGAUCAGUCUGAGCGACUCCUUGAGGAUCGGUUCUGCCUUUCUCCUGGUGAUGGCCUCAGGGAGACGGGUGAAGCCUGGUCAGAUGUACGUGUGCAAACGCACAUAUAAACGCUCAGGUAUUGUUGAGAACUGAGAUUCAAACGUCCUCUCUUUGCAAGUUUUGCACAUUGAAUGUCUGAUUAAAAGUACAAUCGCCUCCGAUGACCAGCAUAGAAACAGACAGAAUGAAACGUGGAGGAGCCUUGCCUUUCUUAAAGCAAAUACAUAUCUGAGAUAUUUUUGAGAUUAUAAAAUGAUUUGCAUUAUAUGAAAUAUGAGUCAUUAAUGACAUCAACUAUAGCUUUAGCCGCUUUCUUUUCGCUCUUCGACCUUGUAUAUCAAAUCGAUCUACAGUCUCUAUAAGACGCACGCCGAGCCUCAUGGGAAGCGUGUCGGGAUGCAUUCUGGGAUUUUCGUCUGGUGUUUGUUACUGUACUGCUGACAGUAGGGAAACUACCCAAAGAGGUUUAUUUGCACUAAAACGGAAUCUUUGUGUUGUGAAAUAUUAUCUUGUUCCACUUAUGAUGAUUGUAAAUCGUCAAUUUCUUCAAAAAAAAAAAAAUCUUUGCAUCAUGAAUAUUAAGUACUUUGCUGAAUUUUUUAUGAAAAAAGGUCAAGCUGCCUUAGUUUAUUUUUUAUUUUAUUUUUUGCAACUAUUCUCAGGAAAUCUUGAGCCAUGCACUAAAGUGGUUAUGCAAAUGUUUGGUGAAUAUUAAUUUAUUGUAUAUAUUUGUGCUUGGAAAUAUGAACGCCCUGUUAUUAAGUAAAGUCUCUCCAGAGACGUUGUUUAUUCGUUGAUGUAAUUGAAUCUGAGUUGUUUGUAUGUUGUGUGAUGAUUCGGGUGACGGGACGGGCUCCUGCUCAAAGCCUUCAAUCAGGGAUCUGUGUUCUGCUCAGAGUCAAAUCUCAUUCUCAUGUUGUACAAAUGAAGAGCAAAUAAACAAAGAUUUACGUUGAAAUAGA